UUUCCUCUUAAAUUUCUUUGAAUUUCAUCAAACUUUUUCACACAUAUAAUACCAAUGGCAACCAAAAGAUUCUUUGAUGACUUUGUUGAUCCUGACUCCAAUCAACCAAAUUACAAACGUCUAAGAAAAACACCUUCUUUUGCUUCUGUGAUUAAAGAAGUGGUGAUGGUGAAUUUCUUAGAUAACUUUUGUUCAGCCUUGGAACCCAUGCUCCGAAAAGUGGUGCAUGAAGAGGUUGAAAGUGGACUAAGAAGAUGUUCUAGAUCAAUAGGAAGAUCACCUUCAUUAAGAAUCAAAACACUUGAACCAUCAAACCUACGUUUAAUAUUCAACAAAAAACUUUCUCUACCAAUUUUCACCAAUAGCAAAAUUAUGGAUUCAGAUGGUCAAUACCCUCUCCAGCUCCUACUUGUAGACGCGACUGGUGAUUGCCUAGUUCCAACCACCUUAGCUACCCCGAUUAAAAUCGAGAUCGUGGUGCUAGAUGGAGACUUUCCUAGUGGAGAAAAUUGGACACAUGAAGAGUUCAAUAAGAAUAUAGUUAAAGAAAGGGCAGGAAAAAGACCUUUGGUUACUGGUGAACUUAAUAUUACUAUGAGAGAUGGUGUUGCUUCUCUUGGUGAUCUUGAAUUUACUGAUAAUUCUAGUUGGAUUCGAAGCCGGAGAUUUCGUAUCGGUGCAAAAGUGGUUCACAUAGGAAAUGGUCAAAAUUCGAUACGAAUAAUGGAAGCCAUGACUGAUUCUUUUAUGGUUAAAGAUCAUCGCGGAGAAUUGUAUAAGAAGCAUUAUCCACCAGCAUUAGGAGAUGAUGUGUGGCGUCUUGAAAAAAUUGGAAAAGAUGGAACUUUUCACAAGAAGCUAACUUCACAUGGCAUAAAGACAGUACAAGAUUUUCUCAAGUUGGCCAAUAUUGACCCACAUAAAAUAAGAAGGAUACUUGGAAAUGGAAUGUCGGAGAAAAUGUGGGAAGUAACAUAUAGACAUGCAAAAACUUGUGAGAUGGGAACUAAAUCAUACAUAGCUAGAGGACCAAACUACAUUCUUAUCCUCAAUCCAAUAUGUCAAGUUAUUAGAGCAAUUAUUAAUGGACAAAUUUGUCAUAGUAGAGAAUUAAGAGGAAUUCAAAGGUCUUAUAUUGAGAAUUUGGUGAGGAAUGCCUUCACAAAUUGGAGUUCUUUAGAAGAAGUUGAUGGUGGCCUGCAAGUCAAUGAACCUACAGCUUUACUCACUGAAGGAGAACGAGUGGUGCAUCAUCAAAAUGCCUAUCCUAGGAGUGCACUUUUGACUGCAGCAGGUGGAUCAAUUGAGUGUAGUGAUUGGAUUGUUAACCAAGCACACAUUUGCUUACCUAUUGAAUCUUCUUCUGAAGAGGAAUUACAUUAUUUAUGAACUUUUAAGGAAAAUAAAAGAUUAAGGGUAUCACAAAGGAAUGAAUUUUAUGAUCACGUUGACUUCGUGAGUAAAUGAAAUGAUAUGAACAGUGAAAAUUCAUAUAAAAUGUCUUGAUUUGUUUGUUAUUGAAGCGUAAUUGCUUGUUGUUUAUGUACAUAUACAAAUUAUGUAUCCAAUCCAUAAAGAGGGGCAAAAAGUGUAGUAGUUGUGCCGCCCAUUUGUGAAAGGAUGUGUGGUUUGCACAAUAUCAAAGUUGGUUCUUUGUU